GUAAUUAUUUAAAUAUACUUAGAAGUUUAUGUCAAGGAGUUAUUCAUGUUUAAGCCAUACAAAUCAAUAAGUCCAAAACAUUUUUUUGUCAUGUGACCCUAGGAAGUUGAUACAUUAAAGGACUUCAUUUUUUGAUGGUUUUAUUGUGGAUAUUUAAAAUGAGGCAUUUACUUUAAAACAUUUAAACCUUAAAUGACUGCAGUUCUAAUAUGCUUUUAAAGUACUUUAAAAUUUUUUAAACUCAGUGAUUUGGUCAGGACUUUGAGUGUGAACUACCUUUUUUAACUUUGCACAUUUGAAUGAUUUCAGAUUUUGAUGGUUUAUUGUGGAGUUGUUAAAUGAGGAGGUUUUUAAAAACUCUUUAAAAUUGCAGAUUCAUUUCCCCUGAGCAUUUGAUAUUAGGUCAGAAUGGGGUCAGUUCCUUGCCAUUUUUUCUACCCCAUUACCUAUUUCCAAAAUAAUCCACUUUAAUUAUGAAGUGCCAUUUUAUUUUUCUACCCCAAUAACCCUACCUACUUUCCUUAUCAAUUGUUAUCAUCGAUUCCAAGGUUGGAGAGUGCAAUAAUGGUGCGAACGAAGGUGGAAAUCAAGAGGAUUGAGGACAAAGCCAAGAGACACACUACCUUCACCAAGCGCCGCCAAGGUCUGUUCAAGAAGGUCAACGAGCUCUGCAAGCGUUGCGACGCCGAGGCCGCCGUCAUUACUUUCUCGUUGGCCGGAAACGCCUUUGUCUAUGGCUACCCUUCCGUGGAGUCUGUUUUGAACCGUUAUAAUGCCCAUUCUGAACAACAACAAUGUUUGCCGGUUGACACAGUCUGUGCAGACGGCCAGACGCAGCAUGUGAAGGAUAAGGCGUCUGUAGAUGAUUCUCCUCCUCCAGCUGCUGCGGUGAGUAAUGACGAUGUAGAUAUUGAGAGCUAUUUCAAUGUGGAUGCUAUGGGCUUGGAAGAGCUUGAUGAGAUCAGAGUGGCCAUGGAGGAUAUGAAAAGAAAAGUGGUUCAUCGUUUGAAUGAGAUAUCAGGAACUCUAACCCUCUGAUUGACAGGAUGGAUAGUUUUCAGAUACUACUAGAUACACCUUCUACAUAGUGGUAUUAGAGCCAACUUCGGAGUGGUGGCCUGGAGAGAGCCAGCCGUGACCAACGUGGCCGUGACCAACGAGGACGUUGGUCCUUAAGGAGGGGCGAAUGAUAUGGACUGAAAGCAUUGCAAGAGAUAAUGUCAAUGUGGAAAGAGUUAUGAGCUCCCAUAAAGAUUUCCACCAGUUGGGGUGAAGCCGAGUAGCAGUUUGACUCCGGAGUGGCAGGAUAGACAGAGGGUUGGGAGAGUAUUUCAUUCCAGAGAAUGUUGGAGGAAAUGCAAAGGAAUAUGCAGCCUCGUGUUGAUUCUGAGAAAUUGCAUAUGUGAGUGCCGUUGUAUGUGAUGUAAAAAAUCAUAUGGGUCUCCAUCAGAUCUCUGAGCUUGCUUGGUUGCCCAACGCUUCUGCAUUUGGCGGGACGUAUAUCUGUAAUAUAUAGCUCCUGCAUCCACGAAGGUGCACUACUGCUAACUUGGGAUAUUUAGCUCCAGAAAUGUCCUGCCCAUAUUUUCUCCAGUUAUACCUGUCUUCUGUUGGAACUUCAAGUCCAUUUUCAGUGCCGACUCUUACUUAUUAGGUCCAUGUCGGCAUUGACUUCCUGCAAAACCAUCAAAGGAACUGUCAAAGUCGGAAUUCUAGAAUCUUGAUUGCAGCCCUCCCGAGGACUUCUCAUUAUUAGUGAUGGAAGACUCAUUCCCCAUGCAAAGUUCCAAACCUCAACUUUAGAAUCAUCAGGGGUUGCUCACUAGAAGAGACUAUCCUUUGCAAAAGUGGAUGCUGGGUUUUGGAAGAAGCUGCUGCUGCAGAGUUCAGGGGAACCACACACACAGCCAGGGGGUCACCCAUCAUUUCUGCUACUCCUAUGCCAGCACGCUUAACUCUUUAAAAUUC